AUGGCAGGCAACGGCAGGGAUUUACUACCACCGCUGCUCUUCGCCGACCCAGGUGGAAUGGUCGAAGAACCAGCGCCAGUGGUAUCCAUCGGCGAUAUGUAUGCGUGGGACGUGCUGCUCGAACUUGGCACAGAGUCCGAUGUGCUCCAAAGAGGCGUGCGAGCUGGUCCCAAAGGAGAUGGAACAAAGCGAGGCGUAUAA